AUGAAAAGCAAGCUGAAAACUCUUCUUCGAAAAGGCAACAUUUUAGCACCACCAGAUGUCACAAACCUCAAGGAAUUCCUUAACAAACUCAGCGAGCAAGUGUCUCCCAGCUCUGUCUCUCAUAUAGAGGCUUCCUCUGAAGGCCCAGUCCAUUCCAUUAUAUUAAUUGGAUUCCAUCACAAAAAAGGCAGUAUUGUUGAGUAUAAAUACCCAUCAGAAAAAGAAGAAAGUGAUUUAUUGCCAUAUCUGGCUCUUCCAGACUGCAUCCACAAUGAAAGCGUAUUUUCUAAUUAGUCAGACUUCUUAUAUUUUCUAGUUCAAAUUGGAGGGAAACUCAAAUACUGUGUAAGCUGUUUCAGGCAAGUCCCUAACGAAAAUAUAAGUGCUGAUAUGUCCAGGAACUACGUACAGAAAGCACUAGUAGCCAUAUCAAAUUUACCGUUUUUUGGAAUAAUAUCAUCGAGAAUGCAAGCUACCACCCAUGCGUAUUUUGAACAGAAAAAUUUUGAAAAUACUGAAAUUAUCACUGACAUUUAUAAUUCCUUGACUUCAGGACUGGAAAGCUGUGGUGUGUCGGAUUUAUAUGUGGGGUUUUCAGCAAGGAAGCUAAUUCAUAUGUUUAAAGAAAAAGUAAUGAUGCUUUGGAAGCUGGUCUUACUGGAAGGGAGAAUUGUGAUAUAUUCAAAAAAGCCAAGCCAGUUGUCUUCAGCUGUCUUUGCAUUGCUUUCAUUGUUUCCAGGGCAGUUGUGUUUUGACGCAGACAGCAAAAUUUAUGAAAAAUAUUUAAAAAGCUUGAAAAUGUAUGGGCUGCCCUUGGAGCUUUUUAAUGAAAAUUUUGUAGUUCAUCCUUAUUUUUCAAUUUUUCAGCUGGAUGCCUUGGAAAAGCCUGGGUAUUUGAUAGGCUGCACAAACCAAAUGAUAGUUGAGCACCCAAAAACACAAGCCCAUGCAGUUCUUAAUAUAGAGGAAAACAAACUGGAUAUUUUAUUGCCCAAAAAAUCAGCAAAAUGCAUCAAGCUGAACUCUCAUGAUAAGACUUUUAUGAAAAGCAUUAUCAAGGUAAGGAAUAAUCAGAAAGUUGAUGAGACCUGGAAUGAAAAUGAGGACUGGUUUGGCUCUGAUACAUUAGUAUGAGCAGGCAGCGAUGACUUUAUCAGAUCUGAAUUUCAUAUGUACCUGAAAAAUAAUCUUGCUAACAUAGCAUUAUUGAGGGAAAAACUUAUAGGCGAUAGUGACCUCAAAGAUAUCCCAAGUCUCCCUGAUUUUGAUGAACCUUCUGAAUGUGAAGCCAAUGCCAAUAUUCUUAAAAAACCAAAAAAGAAAUCAAAAUACCAGAAUCUAGACCCGAGGCUCAACAAACUGUGGAAAUUCAAGAAAUAUAUGAAGAGUUUUAGGAUGUCAUUCUUGUAUAGAUGGUCAAGUACGUAUAAUUUUAACCAGUGAAUGAAAAACUACCCGUCUUUUCUGGCAAGUCUUUCAUCUUUUUCAAGUAUUUGCUACUUAGACUAUACAGCACGCAUUAAGAUUUCUUAUGAAAAUGGGGAUGUUUAUACCGGAUCAGUGCUUUCAGGGAAAAAGGAAGAUCACGGUAUAUUAGAAGAAUCCAACGGAAACCGCUAUGAAGGUCACUGGAUUUCAGAUCAGGUAAUUUUCUAUUAGGAGAAGUGGAAUGGGAACUUACACGACUCAAGAUAACCAAUAUGUUUAUGAUGGAGAAUGGCUUGACGAUGAAAAGUCUGGAAAUGGACGAGAAAUUGACCAUGGGGUGCAGUACUCUGGAGGAUUUUCUAAAAAUUUAUAUAAUGGAUAUGGAGUAUAUAUCGACCCAGAAGGAAAUAUGUAUGAUGGAGACUGAUUAGGAGGCAAGAAAAGUGGAGUUGGGCAUUUUAAAAAUUCAAUUGGGGAUUCUUAUAGUGGAGAAUUUUGUGAAGGAGAAUUUCACGGCCAAGGCCAGAUAACCUUUGCAAAUGGAGAUGUAUAUGUAGGCAUGUGAAAACUAGGAAAGCAGCAUGGGAUAGGAGAGUUAAUCACAAAAGGUCAGGAAAGUUUUAGAGGGGAGUUUUAUGAAGGAAAAUUGCAUGGAAGAAUUUCAAUUACUAAAAAGAAUGGAUGCAGGGUUGAUUGCAACUAUUUUGAAGGAGAAAUGAAUAAAGGAUCAGUUGAGAUUUAUUAUGAUGAUGGAAGAGUAUAUCAGGGGUCUGUAGAUGAAGAGCUGAAGCCACAUGGAAAAGGAGUUAUGCACAUGCCAUCAGGGAUCUUUGUAGCAGCAGACUGGGAGCAUGGUGAUCGACUGAUAAGCAGUAAUGAUCUAUAA